ACAAAGGAAGUAAAACUCAUUUCUUGCUCAGAGAAGACAAGCCACAAGCUAGGAAGAACAUGUUGAGAUACUUUAAUACUUUUUAACUCCAUUUUUGACUUUUGUUGUUUUUUUCUGAUUGACAAUACAGAGUCUGUGCAAGGCCUGGCUGUGUGAAUGCUGGAGGACGAUGAAUUCUACACCUGCUGCUUUAAACUCCACCACAAAUUUGACAAAUAUUGACUGCCAUCCUGACUUUAAUCUGAACACCUACUUCUUCAUUCUCCAUUUGAUCAUCAUCCUGAUAGGAAUUCCUUGCAAUGCGUUCUCUCUGUUCGUGUCCUAUCAGCAUAUCAAACAGGAAAAUGAGCUGGGGGUCUACCUGUUUAACCUGGCACUCUCAGACUUCUUCUUCAUUGCUGGUUUGCCUAUAUGGAUGGACUUUGAACUCAAAGAUCACUGGCACCAUGGAAAAACAUUAUGUACUGUGUGCAUCUUCUUCCUCUUCACUAAUUUCUAUAGUAGCGCUCUGCUCCUGAGCUGCAUUUCUGUUGACCGCUACUUUGCAGUGGUUUACCCGCUCAGCUUUCCCUUCCUUCGAAAACCCAGCACUGCAGCUACAGUCAGUGUUGCAGUGUGGACCUUUACUCUCAUGUUCAAUGCCAUCUCCAUUGACCCAAAUCAGAUAUAUGAUGACCAAUUCAAAAUCUGCUUGGAUGUUUUCCCAAUUUCCUCUAAGCAAAUCAAGGUAUAUGUGGUCAGUUUCUUUGUGGGCUUCCUCCUGCCUGCUGUGGUAGUGAUGUUUUGUUACUGGAGGAUCUGCAGGGAGGUUCGUACAAACCAGGCUACAGGGCUUUCUGAACGCAGACGGGUCUUUAGGCUGCUGGGCAGCGUGCUGCUGAGCCUCUGCCUCUGCUUCGGCCCCGUCCACAUCACCAUGGUGCUGAGGGCAGGUCUGGAGAACGUAGAUACCUGUCCACCUGCCUGGCUCUACUUUCUUUAUAAAGCUGGGGUGGCUCUCGCCAUGUUAAACUGCCUAGCUGAUCCACUCCUGUACUGCUUCAUCACCAGGAGAGGACGCACAAGUGUCACCCAGGCCUUUGUGUUCUGUAAGAGAAAAGAAUAUUUUAAAAAAAGAUCCACUGAUAUUUAGGUUUUAGCAAUGAUUUGGCUAAUCUAAUUUUGUUAAUCAGCCAAGAUAUGUGUCAUGCCUGAUAAGUUUGCUUCUUUGGUUUUGCACUGUGUUAACUAGAAGAAAUGGUAGCUUAACAUUGAUAUCAUUGUGCAAACUGCAUGUCUAAAUCAUCACUCAGUCAGAAUGUUAAGGAAUCUCAAGUAUACCAUGAUUUCCAGCACUGUAGGUGAAUAAAAAUCUACAAGUGUGCAGUCAAACUGCAAGCUUCAAGACGGCUGCUACUGUCCUUAGCUAUGCAUGGGACUCCACAUGCAGUUUACACAAUGUUAACAGGAAGCUAUAAGCUUCCCCAAGCAUCAAGCCUUGCUGGCCCUGUAGGGGUCCACUUAUGACUCGACUAAGGGCUCAUGUGCAGGGCCCAUGGAUUGAGUUCUCAGUGUUGGCUGUGUGAACAGCACACACUCAGCUCUAACCAAGCUUAGGCUGGCCCAAGUCUACACGUCCACCCUCAGUCCACAGUGGACAAGUGAGACACUGUCUGUGGUCUAUUACAUUAGCCUUGUGCAAACAUGAAGAAGCAAACUUAUUGUCCUGGGUGAUGUACUACAUGUGAGGUUGAGGGGGGGAUGGGGGGGUAAUACUGUUGUUUAUGUAUGUACAGUGCGUUGCUAUUUUGCAGAAAGUGCUUUUUAUUUUUUGAAGAAGAGACUGUGAAUAUAUCUAGUUCUAUUUUGGUAAUAAAGAACAUUUUCUUUACAUUUGAGGGGUUCUACAAAAAACUCAGGACAAACAUUUAAUUGUCCAGACAAAUUGUGUUGUUUCACAAGCUUGACCACUAGAUGGAGACAAACAGAAUGGCCAUUCUUCUUUUGUACAAAACUAAGAAAUGAUUCAUCCUCCCUUUUGGAGCCUAAUUAUACAUUUAUUUUUUUCUUUUAGAAGACACGUGUUGUAAGUAAAUAAUGCAAAUAAACUCUGUGUUGUAAAUUCCAGAAGUAAACGAAACGUUUCACCACAAAAAUAAAUUUGCAGCCUCUUACUAGCCUCAGUCUGGUGGUGAGAGUGGGAGGAAGGAAAUGAUUCAUCAUUCUUGUAAGCCAAAGAGUAAGCAAUCUUAUUUUAAAUUCUAAUAUUGAAGAUAAGAGACUUGUUCAUUAUUAUUUAAAAUUAGCUCCAUAGGUCACAGCACACGUAUGUCUUUUGUUAAAGUUACAAUCAGGUUCGUUUAUGCACUGAUUAUGUUUUAGACUUUUUAAGUUCUAGUUCUCAUAAAGUGAACAAGAGCAAUGCUGUUUUACAUUUUUAUCACUAUAAACAUCACAUUAUCAAAAGAUAUUUUGUAUUAUCUUUCUAUUUUAUUUAUGUACAUUCAUUUAUAUAUGUAUGUAUUUUUUUAUAUGACCGUUUUCAAAUUAGACAGGCUGUUUUUGGGUCUGGUAUAUGUAAAUGAGCUCUGUUAUGAUUGGCUACCCUGUAUUGCACCUCAUUCAGGAAGCAGUCUGAGCUGAAACAUUCCUUAUAACUUUAGUGUGAGUGGGUGGAGCUAAACCGCUAUAGACUGAAUACUGAAUAGCCAUUUUUUAAUGUUUUUUUUUUCAUGACACCACAAAACAAUACAUUUAAAAUAAGCUGAUUUUUGCAACUUGGAGAGUGUUUACACCUUGCAUUAAUGUGUGUUUCAUGUCUGGAUCAUAUCUGGGCAAACUUUGGUCAACUUUUAUUUAUAUUUUUAUUAAAACGCGUGCCCAGUUUGACCAAUGAGAUGUGACUGUAUUUUUCUCACAUGAAAAACACUUUGUUAUCAUUUUACUUUUGUUUUCCCUUCUCCCUGUUAUGAUAGGAGCUCAGCUUGAAUGCUUUCUUCAUAAGGGGGAAAAAAUACAUGGACAUUUUUAGAUAUUUGAAAUACAUUUUUUAAUACAUUGCAAACUAUACUGAAAUGCAUUCCAAAUACUAAAAUGUGUUUCAGAAUAUGUUGCCUUAAUGACCAAAUAUUGAUAAUGAGCUAAUAUUACACCUAAAAAUGCACCAGAUAACAAAUAAAGUGUGUGUAAAUGUAUUUAGGAAAUACAUUUUAAAAUGUAUGAAAAUAGCCAAAAUACUGUCUAAUGCAUUUUACAGGUUGGGACACCUUUUGAAACAAAUUGGUGUUCCAGUAUUUUAAUUUUAAUUAGCAUGUUAACCUUUAACAUGGCAAAGGCAAGUGCUGUAGGUACUGAUACUCUGUGAUGUCAUGAUUUGAUAUCUUGUUUAUUUGAAAUACAUUUUGUAUGAGUGUUUUACUGCAUAUAUACACGGUUAAUGCAAAAUGCAAUGCAAAGCAAAAAAAGUCAGCAUUGUUCAUUCAUUCAUGUAUAUUUAAUUAUGUAACCUUGUUAACACAUUCAAAAACAUGUAUGACAACAGAUAAAAAUAAGGGGAAUUUAUUUGUAUAUUAUAUUAGUAUAUAUUUAACAAAAACAUUUUUGUGACCAUUUUCUUUCAUUGUGUCACGCAUUGGCCUCCUCAAUUGGACUCCAACUCCCAGAAUGUGCUGGGAGAUCAUGUGAAUCUGGACUCCAGCUUGCGCUCCUAUCAGCGCUUACAGUCCCCAGAAUUUUAAUUUUUAUUACCUGUGUCUUGUUGUAGCUCAGAGUACAAAAGCCCGGGCUUUAGAAACAGUCAGUGCGAGGUAUUGUUUCUCCGGAAUCUACUCUCUCUGUGAUUAUAUGUUUGAAAGUGUUUGUGACCUUUUUGCUUCGUGUUUUGACUAUGUCUUUUGCCUUUCCCUUUUUGAUACUUCUGCUGGUAAUUCUGACUCAUGAUUUGACAUUUGGCCUGAACUCUGACUACUCUUUUGUGUUUUGUCCAUUUUUGGCUUUGGUCGCUCGGGUUUACUAUUAAACCAUCUCACCUCUAA